UUGGGCAAAACACCCCUCCAAAACAAGGAGCUCAAAACGGUAGUCUACUUCUCAGCUAUAAAACAAGGAGCUGUGCCCUGUCCUUUCCCCCAACUUUCACAGGCCUGCUUGUGAGCCAUAGUUAAGUGUUUUGUGAAUUGUGAGAAUGGAGGGUAAGGAAGAGGAUGUGAAGCUGGGAGCCAACAAGUUCUCGGAGAAGCAGCCGCUGGGCACAGCCGCUCAGACAGACAAAGACUACAAGGAGCCGCCGCCGGCGCCAUUGUUCGAGCCGGGGGAGCUAAAAUCUUGGUCCUUUUACAGGGCCGGGAUUGCCGAGUUCGUGGCUACUUUCCUCUUCUUGUACAUCACUGUUUUGACUGUGAUGGGGGUUUCUAGGGCUCCCAACAAGUGUGCUUCUGUGGGCAUCCAAGGGAUUGCUUGGGCCUUUGGUGGCAUGAUCUUUGCCCUUGUCUACUGCACUGCUGGUAUCUCAGGAGGACACAUUAACCCAGCAGUGACAUUUGGGUUGUUUCUGGCAAGGAAGCUGUCCCUGACUAGGGCCAUCUUCUACAUGGUGAUGCAGUGCCUGGGCGCCAUCUGUGGAGCCGGUGUAGUGAAGGGCUUCCAGCCUACCCCCUAUCAGGUCUUGGGCGGUGGGGCCAAUGUGGUUGCACAUGGCUACACCAAGGGCGAUGGGCUUGGUGCUGAGAUUGUAGGUACCUUUGUCCUUGUCUACACUGUCUUCUCUGCCACUGAUGCCAAGAGAAAUGCCCGAGACUCACAUGUCCCUAUAUUGGCUCCUCUCCCCAUAGGGUUUGCAGUGUUCUUAGUGCACCUGGCCACCAUCCCCAUCACAGGAACUGGCAUUAACCCAGCCAGGAGUCUGGGAGCAGCAAUCAUCUACAACAAUGAUCAUGCUUGGGAUGACCAUUGGAUCUUCUGGGUGGGGCCCUUCAUUGGAGCUGCUCUUGCUGCUGUGUACCACCAGAUUGUCAUCAGAGCCAUUCCUUUCAAGUCCAGGGCCUAAAUUCAUCUCGACCUCAUAUUUCUUUUCUUUUCUUUUUUUUUUAAAUUUUAUUUUAGUCUCCUUCUUAAUGAGGACUUGCUGUUGCUGCUUGUGUUUGUAAAUUAUCUGUAAGCUCGUGGCGGCUUAUGAUGAAGAAUUUCUUGAAUUAUUUGCCUGUCA